UUCCUGGCUUUUGAUCUCCAGGGUGUUCAUUUAGUUUGUGAGAGGUAGGUGUGGCGAGAUUAUCUGGAUGCAGUUUACGAGGAAGAAUCUACAGACAGUUUAGGAGCUUAGCAGGGGAAAUGUUCAUACCUAUUGUUUGAAGCAAUUUGAACAGUGACAUUUUACAGAUGAUGGUCGACCAAUUUCUAGUUUGUGCGUUUUAGUGUGCUAAAUUCGAUUGCUGUUCUCAUGGUGUUUUUCGACAUUGGAUAGCUUCGGAGAGAAACGUAGGUACUUGGUUAUUUCUUCUAGAAGCCGAGAGUGUAAAAUCUGAAACUGUCAGAAACUUGGCCGAGGAAUAAACCGUGGCCAGACCAGAGACUCCGGGGGAGCUCAGAUCUUAGAGCAUCAUGGCAGUCGAUGCGAGGUGCCGCAUUGUAGGACUCUUCUGCUACAUUCUCUUCUUACAUUCACUAGCUAUAAUAUUCUUUACUCGUGGAUUUCUGCUUACUCGAACAGAACUUCCGGAGUUCAGUACUUGCUCUGACGUAGCCAAGUCGGGAUGCUUUGGAAAAUACACGGCCUUAAGUGAUACGGCUUCUAGCGUUAAUCUUACUGAGAAAAUUGAUAAGAUAGUAGAAGGUGAGGCAUUCUUUUCACAAGAUGAUGGGAUUCGAAAGGCGGUUGAAGGAGGUCGUGAGGAGAAUAUCGAGACGAAUAGACAAAGUGACGACAAACCAAGUAGUGAAUGCUGGACGAAGCCUGCCAUCAAGCGAGUCAUUAUUAUUGUCAUUGAUGCUUUGAGAUUUGACUUUGUAGCACCUAGCAGCCAUUUUCCUGGAGAGAGCCAACCUUGGAUGGACAAGCUACGGGUGCUGCAGAAGCUCUAUAAGGAAGAAAAUGGAUCGGCUCGAAUUUUCAAAUUUGUGGCUGAUCCUCCUACCACCACUCUGCAACGUCUAAAGGGGUUGACAACUGGAGGAUUGCCCACGUUUGUCGACAUCGGAGACAGUUUUGGAGCUCCCGCAAUUGUGGAGGACAAUCUUAUUUAUCAGUUGGUACAGAGUGGAAAGAAAGUACGAAUGAUGGGGGAUGACACAUGGAUGAAGCUAUUUCCCUCUCAUUUUUCUGUGGCGCAUCCUUUUGAUUCUUUCAAUGUAAAGGACCUUCACACUGUGGAUGAUGGAGUUAUUCGUGAGAUUUUUCCGGCUUUGUUAGAACCUGACUGGAAUGUAUUGAUAGCUCACUUCCUUGGCGUGGAUCACGUGGGACAUAUUUUUGGCGUGGAGUCGCCUUUGAUGGUGGAGAAGCUGGAACAAUACGACCGAGUCAUUGAGGACAUUGUGACUGUGCUCAAGAACCAAUCUGGGCCGGGGGGCUCGCAUGAGGAUACCAUGUUGUUGGUCUUAGGCGACCAUGGUCAGACAUUGCAUGGAGAUCACGGUGGUGGUACAUCAGAAGAGGUAGACACCGCAUUGUUUGCUUUGAGCAUGCGUGAAUCGCCAGGUCGUUUACCACUGGAUCUCCAGUCUUCGACAUGCACAAUCAAUACGGAGUCAAACAGAGAUCAAAGUCCUUGUAUCACUACGUUCCCUCAGUUGGAUUUCGCUUCAACGAUGGCAGCUCUUCUUGGUGUGCCAUUCCCAUUUGGCAGCGUUGGUCGUGUAAAUACAGAGUUGUAUGCUUUAGCUGCUUCCACAUGGCCCUUCAAAAGUGAAGAUCACCCUCCUGAAGACCCGAUUCGCAUGUGGAUGGAGAGAUACAGUCUUGUGCUCUGCAUGAAUAGCUGGCAGGUUAAGCGAUAUCUAGAUACCUAUUCAACAUCCAGUAUACGUGGAUUUCCAACAUCCGACCUAGCAUAUGUUCAAAGUUUGUAUGAAAAGGCCCUGGUCAAUAUACAUUCCUUGUACAUGGAUCACAUUCAAAUGGGAACCAAUGACUCAGUUUCGGACCGCAGCAAGUUCAAGGAAAUAUCGGAUGAAACAACGAUAAACCUACUGGAUAGCAUACAAGACAACAUGGGGUACUUACUUGCUGCAGCUAAUUUGGCACGCACACAAUGGACACAGUUUGAAGAUGAGUGGAUGGCCAUAGGACUCUUUCUGUUGAUCAUUUCUAUGGUUGUUCAAGGAGUUGCUCUUAAGAGAGCCUUGAGCCUAUCAGUCGGAUCACGAUCAAGUGAAGAUAAAAAUUCUGAGAUACAGAGCAACCUGCAAGAAUUGUUUCCAGUUAAGCGAAUGGUAAUGGCGUGUGGAGUUGUAGCAGCCAUUGCAGGUGUUAUCUUGGGAUUUUAUACAACGACAGGAUGGGUGGAAUCGUCAUUAUUUGCAACUGUGAUUGCUGGUGGGCAAGUAUAUACUACCCUGGCAGCAGUGGCUUUGGUUUCUAUCAUUGCAUAUGUUUUUCCCGCGCGUGGUCCAAGAGUAGUGCAAAGUGAUCAGAAUAUCUAUGCCAAAGGACAGACAGUUUGCUCUUCUUAUCGGGAGGCAUGCAUACCAAAUGCUAAAUUAAGCAUGGCUAUCGUCUUUGUGGGCUUGCAUGCUUGUGGACUACUGUCAAACAGCUAUAUCCUUAGUGAAGGGCAAGUUGUGUGCUUCCUGCUAGCAACAUCAGGCAUUCUUUAUCUACGACGAGCCAUUCAGAGUUGCUGCAAAGUCCCCCAGGCAAUUCUCCUUUUGUUACUCAAUGUGGGGAUGGCUAGUGUAGGCCUAGUUCAGAUUUUCAAAGACCCGGCAACGGUAGCUAGCCCCUCACUUAAAGAUGAACACUCCUCAGCAUCUAAUUCUCCUCAACUAUCCAUCACUGAUUCAUGCAUAGCUCUGAUCACUACUGUUCUACCCCUCUCUUCGUUAGUAUGGCUCAUUACCCGACGUGCUCGUAAACUAUUUACGUUUCGAAGCCUUUAUUGGGCUAUAGCAUUGACAAUUCCUUUUUCUUACUUUUUGUUAAUUAUUCACUGGUUCACCAUGGAUAUAGCUUCCUGUCUGUUGCUGGAAAUCCCGCAAUCCUUUAUGGAAUUCUCUCGAUUAUUUUGCCCUCAAUUAGUAUAUAUGGCCAGUCUGAUGCUCGUUAUAUUCACUAUUAUUAAAAUUGCAUUGAGUACUAGAGUGAGUGUAUUAACUUCAUGUAGACAUCAUAUUGUGGAAGGAAUCGUGGCUGUAGUGGCCGGAUUAAGUGGAACAAUCCUUCUUCUUUUGGGAAGAAAAGGGCCAAUGGUUGUACUCCUUGCUGCACUUGAAAUAUGGUGUCUUCUGGAUCUGCAAGCUCUGGAUUUUUCAAACGAUAAUGCGACAGAGACGGGCAAGGUACUCAUCGAACAAGGCGUGGGGUCGAAUGGAGUGGGUUUGGGCUCCCACUUUGCAGUUGCUGUUGAUUGGAAUUUAGUUGCUGUGCAGCUAUUCUUCUGCACUGGUCACAGGUGUACUUUUGAUGGCCUUCACUUUACUGCAGCUUUUAUUGGGUUUGACGAGUUUUAUUUCUACAGACAAGGUGCUCUAUUAGCCCUCGACACAUUUGGCUCCUCGCACAUACUUCCGGUUAUUGGGCUCUCUCUUCUGGUCACUGCAGCUGCAGCUAGAAUGUCUUCACAGCCAAAGUUCUCGUUGGAGGGAGACAGGUUCUUCUCACUUGAAGUUGCUAAAGGCUACCUCUCGUACGGCUUGGUACGAACCAUUCUAACAACAGUAACUACUAUAUGUGUUACAUUGCAGCGCCGUCAUCUCAUGGUUUGGGGCCUCUUCGCACCAAAGUACGUCUUUGAUGCAAUAGGUCUCCUGGUGAUUGAUGGCUUCAUUGUCAUUACCGUAGUUCUCUACGUUUCUUCUUUUUCUGGGAAACUGAAAAUGACGUAGGUAGUUUCAAUGAUAGCAUUCUCUCUUUGUAAAACGGAGUUAGGGGUCUGCAACAUGUGUGAAGUUAAGCAUUCUUUAUCAGUCUGUCACCGAGUCAGGAUAUGGGGGAAUUAUUUUUUGUCGGUUGGGACCCAAGAGAGUUCAUCAGUCAAUUAUUCUAAUAUCAAGAAUCCCAGUUGGCAGAAGACCCGGAAGCAUUUUUUUUCACUCGCUACAACAUUGUAAUUCAGCUUCAACAUCAAUUACAUUUCUGUGUUCAUGAUUUGCGAAGA